GAACUAAACAGUUCGUUUGAUAUCAUAGUAAAGAUCUAUAGAUAGAAAGUCAAAUAACUUCAAAAUAAGUUCAUAAUGAUUGCCCUACCAAAUGGUCCUAUUGAGGUCGUUUUUUCGAUCGAUACCACUGGAUCCAUGUCAAGAAUUCUGGAUGAAAUCCAAGCGCGUCUUAAAGACAUGAUAACGAGACUACAAGCAGAUAUUCCCGGAAUCAAAUUUGCUGUCAUAGCUCAUGGUGAUUAUUGUGACGCUGAACAUUUUUAUGUGACGAAGCACGUCGAUUUUACUGACGAUUUGCCCAAGUUAUGUGACUUCAUGAACAAUGUUGGAGGAACGGGAGGCGGUGACGUCAGUGAAUGUUACGAACUGGUGUUACGAAUGGUCCGACAGAACCUUUCGUGGACUCAAACAUCUCAGAAAGUAUUGAUAAUGAUUGGUGAUGCGUAUCCUCAUGAACCAGAUUAUCCAUUGAACACCAAUAAGAUAGAUUGGAAAGAAGAGGUCCAAAUAUAUACCCAAUCGGACGUGCACAUUUACGGAGUUCACGUAUUUGAUGACUUGGAAUCAGAAAAAUUCUUCAGAAUGAUAUCAGAACAGACGUUUGGCGAAUAUAUCAAAAUGGCCGAUUUCAGCCAUGUUUGUGACGUCAUUAUGGCUAUAUGCUAUCGAGAGAGAGGUGCUGAAUUCCUUGAGGGAUAUGAACGGGAGGUGAGGUCGAGGUUUGGACUGGCAGCGUUGGAUGUCGGGCUAGAGGGUGUGUUUGGUGCUUUGAAAAGGGUAGAUUCGAAGGCGAGCAAUGCAUCACUGCCGACUGCUAUCCGGACACCUCCAUUAUCUCCCCUUAGCAGCAUUGAUUCUAUGGAAACAGACCCUCAGACAGUGGUUCCGUAUGUAGAUCCUGGGAGUGGAUCAGUUCCUGUCAGUAUUUCACUUGUCGAUUCUACAACUUUUCAGUCAAAAACACGGAAAUUUCCGAAAUCUGUCAAACGAGUGGUCACAACUGCAAGGAAACCUAUACCAAAACCUGCCACAGUAUCUGCAAUUGUAAACCCCAGACUCCGAAGGGAGCGUGUAACAGUAAACAAUUUCCGAUAUAGUUAUUUGGACUGGUCUGUGUGGAAACUUGCUGUCCAACCGAAAUCCGGCGUUGCCACAGACUCAAAGAAGUGGAUAAACAAUUAUGAUUUUUUGGUUAAAAAGUCCUUAUUUAGAGCGGGUUUUUCCAACACACGUUAUUUGUACGAGUUCUCCGUUCAGACAAAGCCAGGUGGAAAGAGACACGUGGUUUACUGUGACGUAAUCAAUCACAAAAAGCUCAGCUCUGACUGGCGAGACAUUUUGAAUACAGACGAUUUAAAAGACAAAGUUGACAACGUGAUGGAUUCCAAGUGUAGAAUUUUCGUCCGUCGAGCAGUCGUCUCCCGCGCUUUUCGUGGAAAUAAAAAAUAUAGUCAACUGAAGUCGCAUGUAGAAGAACUUUACGAUUACGUCUGGUCGCAGACGUCAACACGUGACCUGAAUAUUAAUGGUGUGGACAUAGCGUGAAGAUCGUACUUAAUAUUUGAGUAAAGCUCCUGAUUCAGUGAGAAUAAAAACACGUGUUGUCUGCCACAAUAUCAUUGUGAUAAGAUAGACUUGAUUAUCCUGGCCUCUUCUUCCAGCGUUGAGUGACACGUUUUUUCCGUCUGGUUUGUCGGUCAAGAUUACAUAAUUGAAAGGAUGACUUGAGGAACUGUGGACAGAAGAGUGAAUAGUAAGAGUGAACUACGAGAACUAUCAGUUCAGUGUAAUGGACUGAAUUUGAAAC